AUGUCACUCACUUACACAACACUUCCGCUUCAAGUGCAGGGUGUCAACCUCGAGCUGUCUACUAUCUACAGUCUGAACUCGAAGCCGCCCAUUCUCUUUCUUCAUGGUUUUGGGUCCUGUAAGGAGGAUCUAGCAGAUUUGGUGAUCCACCCAGCCCUCCAAGACUAUGGAUUUAUUGCGUUCGACGCCCCUGGCUGUGGCCAUUCCACAAGCGAUAAGCUCGACGCCACCGACAUCCCGUUCCUGGUCGCCACCACGGAAGCCGUUCUGGCCCACUUCAAAAUCACACAGUUCCAUCUCAUGGGUCAUUCUAUGGGAGGUCUGACUGCUCUUCAGUUGGCCCACCGUCAUCCAGAACAGGUGCUCAGCUUUGUAGAUAUCAAGGGCAACCUCGCCCCGGAAGAUUGUUUCCUAAGUCGGCAGAUCUUCACCUUCUCCUCGGAGGACCCCGAGGCAUUUCUGGACGAGUUUAUUGAUCGGACACGCAAAUCUAAAUCUUUGGCUAGUCCCUUAUAUGCGAGUACUCUCCGCGCACGGGUCUGCGCCGGCGCCGUGCGAGCCAUUUUUGAGUCCAUGGUGCAGAUGUCAGAUGAUGAGGAUCUGCUGGGUAUGUUCAUCGGACUGCCCUUUCCGAAGAUGUUCAUGUUCGGAGAGGAGAACCGUGAGCUGUCAUAUCUUGGACGGCUGAAGAAGGAGGGAGUGGAGUUGGCGCUGAUUCCUGAGAGCGGGCAUUUCCCAAUGUACUCGAAUCCCGUGGAGAUGUAUCGUCGGAUUGCGGUCUUUUUACACAACUUGAGAUAG